AGAACCCUCUCCUUCUUGAACCAAAUCGUCAAAAAGGAAUCCCCCAACCUCAUCGUCUACACCGGCGACAUCUUCCAAAACAUCAACGAAAUCGACUUCGAAGCAACCAUCCUAAAAGUCUUUUCCAUCCCAAUAUCAAACCAAAUCCCCUUUGCCUUCACCUUUGGUUCAAACGACAUCAUCUCUUCUACAAACAAAGAAAUAAUCCUCAACUACAUCUCAAAUCUACCUUUCUCUCUAACAAAAAAAUCGAUCAACCUAGAUGGCAGUCUAUCAAACUAUCUCCUUGAUAUAUCCAAUGGCGACGCCCAGAUUUACAUCCUAGACUCCUACCAAAACAAAAUCAAUCACCUCCAAAAUGACUACAUCAAAAUCCUACACGAUAACAACAAUAAAAUCAAUAAAAACUACAAAAAUAUCGAUUCUCCCUUCUCUUUGGCUUUUUUCCACUACCCAAUCCCAGAAUAUAGACCAAAGGGCCCCUUCUCUGUCGUAGGCCAAUAUAACCAAAAGGAAAAACUAAUCACUGAAACUUCCCCAGAAACCAGAAAAAUCCUAGGACAAUUCGUCAAUAUUGUUAGCGUCGGCCACAAGCACACAAAUGACUGCUGUAUUCUAAGCUCUCUUCCACACGACGACGAUAUCUGGCUUUGCUAUAACGCCGCUGCUGGUGAAGGCGGUUAUGGAAACCCCCAAAUAGCCUUCUCCAGAAAAGUCAGAUUAUUCUCUCUAGAUAAAAACAAAAAAAAAAUAACUUCUUGGAAAAGAGCUGAAAAUAAUCCCGAUUCAAUCAUUGAUUAUCAAGUGCUCGUAAAUGAUGGUAAAGUAUCCUCAUAA